AUGAUGGUGUUUCUCUUCCCAAGUGUAGAACAUCGCUUUGCUCUCCUGACUCUGGUGCUGCUCGGCAUCGUGGGAUUAUUUCCGGAGGUCUGUCGGGGCGACGAUGAGGAUUAUUACAUGCAGGAGCUGCUGAGCAGGGAGCAUUAUUACCACGUCCCUACCCUAGAGGAGAGUGCCGCGGAAGGUCACGAUCUCCGUGGAGACGACCUCCCAACCACGCCCGUCCAUAAAAACAAAAAUAGUGGCACACCCGCUGGCAAACAAGCUCGAACCAAAACGAAACCAGGAAAAUCCCCCAACAAGAAAUCUGACAAGACACCCAACAGCAUCAGUGAAGCAGACGGCCGUGAUCAGUCCGACACAGUGGAUUGUCCACCGCUGGGUCUGGAGACUUUAAAAGUGGAUGAUUUUCAGCUUCAUGCCUCCACCAUGCAGCGGUACGGACUGGGAGCUCACCGGGGGCGACUCAACAUCCAGGCUGGCCUGCAUGAGGAUGACAUGUAUGAUGGAGCGUGGUGUGCGGGCAGGAACGACCCCCUGCAGUGGCUGGAGAUCGAUGCCAGGAGACUCACCAAGUUCACCGGGGUCAUCACACAGGGACGUAGCUCACACUGGUCGAGCGACUGGGUGACGUCGUAUCGGGUUUUAGUCAGCAACGACUCCCACAGCUGGGUGACGCUGAAGAACGGCUCCAGAGAACUGCUUUUUAUAGGCAAUAAGGAGAAGGAGAUCCCGGUGCUGAACAAACUACCAAAGCCUGUGGUGGCCCGCUACAUCCGUAUCAACCCGCGCUCAUGGUACAGUAAAGGAAGCAUCUGCAUGAGGGCCGAGAUCCUCGGAUGCCCCCUACCUGAUCCUACCAAUUAUUACCACCGGCGUAAUGAAAUCACCACCACGGACAAGCUGGACUUCAGACACCACAACUACAAGGAGAUGAGACAGUUAAUGAAGGUGGUGAACGAAUUGUGCCCGAAUAUCACCCGGAUCUACAACAUCGGGAAGAGCUACACGGGGCAGAAGCUCUACGCUAUAGAGAUAACAGAUCAUCCAGGAGAACACGAGCUGGGUGAGCCCGAGUUCCGCUACACCGCAGGUUCCCAUGGUAACGAGGUGCUGGGGCGCGAGCUCCUCCUCCUGCUAAUGCAGUUCCUAUGUGAGGAGUACCGCUCCGGUAACCAACGGAUACGACACCUAGUCCACGAGACUCGCAUCCAUCUGCUUCCCUCCAUCAACCCAGACGGAUACGAAAAGGCCGCCAAGGCUGGUUCGGAGCUGAGUGGAUGGUUGCUGGGUCGAUGGAGUCAGGACGGACUGGACAUCCACCAUAACUUCCCUGAUUUAAACAAGAUUCUGUGGGAAGCCGAGUCUCGAAAUUGGGUUCCUCGCAGAUUCCACAACCAUCAUAUACCCAUUCCUGAGUGGUACCAAUCCAAAAACGCCUCGGUCGCCAUGGAGACGCGGGCUCUCCAGGCAUGGAUGGAGAAGAUCCCCUUCGUGUUAGGGGGCAACCUUCAAGGUGGCGAGCUGGUGGUGACCUUCCCCUACGACCGGACUCGCCAGUACGGGGUCGUGAGCGAGGUCACGCCCACCCCCGACGACCUCGUGUUCCGCUGGCUGGCGUUCUCGUACGCCUCCACGCACCGGCUGAUGGCGGCGGCCGGGCGCAGGGUGUGUCACACGGAGGACUUCGCCAAGGAGGACGGGACCAUCAACGGGGCGUCCUGGCACACGGCGGCGGGAAGUAUGAACGACUUCAGCUACCUUCACACCAACUGCUUCGAGCUGUCCAUGUACGUGGGCUGCGACAAGUUCCCCCACGAGAGCGAGCUACCUGAGGAGUGGGAGAACAACCGAGAGUCGCUGCUGGUCUUCAUGGAACAGGUUCAUCGGGGCAUUAAAGGAGUAGUGAGGGAUUCGCACGGUAGAGGCAUCGCCAACGCCAGGAUCUCCGUGGAGGGAAUCGACCACGACGUCCGAACAGCCGCUGACGGCGACUACUGGCGUUUGUUGAACCCCGGCGAGUACAUGGUGACGGUGAGGGCCGAAGGAUACAGCGUCACCAGUAAAGUCUGCGAGGUCGGCUACGACAUGGGCGCCUCGCGGUGCGACUUUGCCCUCGCCCGUCCCAACCUGGCCCGCUUCAGGGAGCUCAUGCUGAAGUUUAAGAAGCAGCCCGGGAACCUGCAGCAGGUCCAGAGGAGGACCGGACAGAGACGCCUCGGCACAUAGAGGAAGCUUUGGGAGGACUGUAGCGCCCGCUUGUGAACUGUCAUAGACUCUCUGUGCCACUCUGUGUUGUGAGUAGACCAUGAACGGCUAAGCAUGGUAAAGAUUGUGAACACGGUGCUGUGACGAAGUAUUUGCCCCCCUUUUCCUUCUUUUUUUAUAUGGCCAAAAGUAUUUGGACACCUGAUCAUGAGCUUGUUGAACCGGUCAGCAGAGGUCAUAACCGCCCAGCAAUAAGGAACCCUGUUUCAGCCCUGUUUUUAGCCAAUCGUGUGUCUGCGUAGGUGCGCGGCUGGCUGAUAACACUCGUUUCAAACCCCAGCUCUAGUAGGCCAGCAUACUUUACUUAAAUAGGUAUUGGGAUUCGCUUCCAUCCAGAUACAAGAGCAUUGUUUACUGAAGUGAAAAAGACAAUUUGGACUCGGUGUUCUUCUGUCUUGCAUCAAUCUCAGACUGGUCUGUUGGGCUGCUGGAUGGUCAGUCACUGGUCAAUCACCCUAAAGAACGUUAUAACAGUUCCGGAGUCCAACGGAUCUUUACGCCACUUCAACCGACUUGCCAUUAAACAUGGUGAUCUGCUUUUGUGUGUCUGUUCUGUUUAACUCUUGGUACUCCAGUGUCCACAUCCUAAAACAUUCAGAGGGUGGAUUGGCCUUGGGUGUAAGUUGCCCUGUGAUGUACUGGUGUCCUAUCCAGGGUGCGAAUACUUUUCACAGCACUGUAAAUAAGAGGGUUUUAUUUCUUCAGCUGUAUAUUAAACUCGCUGCUGCUGCUGCUUUGUACAGACAUUAUAUUUGCAUACAUGAGAUGAUGACUUUAAAAAAGAGCAACUUGUUUUAUUUUAAAUUAAUAUAAUAAUAAUAAAAUCAUAAAUAUACAUUUGUACGAUCAGAGAU